CUCUCUCUUUCAGCAUGGCAUGGGAUGACAGCAUUACACCGAGCAUGUCUUGGUGGAGAUUACAACAUUAUCUUAUUAUUAUUACGAGCUGGGGCUGAUCCAAAUGCUCCUAAUGCCAAUCAGGAAACACCAACGUUAUUCUCAUGUAAACGAGGAAAUACUCAAGUCUUGAAUCUCAUGAUAGAGUUUGGUGGUGAUGUUAGUAAAAUUGAUAGCCAGGGUCGUGGUGCCAUGUUGCAUGCUGCUGAAUCUGGAAUAGUGUCUACAUUACACUAUUUAAACACAGUUUGUAAUCACAGUUUUAAAGUGGUUGAUAACAAAAGACAGUCACCUAUACAUAUUGUUUGUUUAUAUGGACAUGUAGAGGCUUUAAAGUACCUGAUAAAGAAAGAUAGGUGUGAUUUAACUGUAGUCAAUAUGGAUGGUGAUACUCCACUACAUAUAUUAUCUCGAGAGGGUCAUAGUCAUCUGUGUUGGGUAAUAUUCACAGAAUUAGGAACUUCAUCUUUAAAAGUUCUAAAUAAUGCAGGGUAUACACCUAAAGAUCUUGCUGAACAAAGAGAUAAAAUGGGACAUCGAGAAAUAACUCCAGUAUAUCAGUAUUACAGUAAACAGGGUGGUCAUAUUAAACCCACUGGGCCUAUAUUAUAUUGGUAUUGGUUAUUAUUAAUGCCAACUAUUAUAUAUGGUGCUGCAGUGGUUCUGUCACAUUAUGUUAAUGAAAAGUUACAUGCUGUUACAAUUCUUCUUGGAUUAGCUGUUAUUUUGAUUACACAGAAAAAACAGUUACACAGAAUGCGACAUGUCAGCAGAUGGCCGAAUCCAAUCUACAUUGGUAUAUUUGGUGCAGGACAAUUUCAUACUAUGGUCUGUUUAUACUAUAAAUUAAUGCAAUGUAUCUUUUUAAAUUUUUUUUUUUUUGCUAACAAGUUAUCAUUUAUGUGUAUGUUUUAUAAUCUAUAUUUUGCUUUCCCUAACAAAAACAUCAGAUAUCAAGAGGUAACUGUUCAAGAUUUGUGUUCACCUGUCCGGAAAAUGCAAGACUUUUGUGCUGAUUGCGAGAUUGUGCGACCAAAAUAUGCCAAACAUUGUAAACUAUGCAAUAAGUGUUAUCAGGAUAUGGACCAUCAUUGUUUGUUUUUAAAUCGGUGUGUUGCUCGAGAUAACCAGUUUUACUUUGUGUGGUUUAUUCUAACUUGUUUAGUGUGUAUGACAAUAUUUGUGAUAAUCGCCGCUUUACAUUGUUAUUCAUAUUACUCUAUGAUGAGAGUUUUAUAUCAAGAAGUUUGGAUGCUCAGUUUGAUAAUAAUGAACACUGUCUCUCUUAUUUGGGGCAUUAACCUGAUCAAAAAUCAAUUUGAUGUGAUAGCCAAUGAUUUCACAAACUAUUUUAGAACAAAAGGAUAUAACCAAUUAUUAACAGUCAAUGAAAAAUGGCUGAAUAUUGCAUAUUUUCUAAUUGGAAAAGAGCCAUAUAUCAAAAAUCCUCUACAUAAACAAUUGAAUGUUUGA